GCGCUUCUGUUCAUCUCGAAUUUUGUAAGCAGUCCAACUUGGGGGCUCCUUUAAGACAUCCAGCUGUAAUGCGAUUGCCUAUAACGAUGCCUCUUUUGUUAAUUAUACGGUUUGCGCGAUACUGAGUGGGCGUAGGAACCGAGAGGCGGCUUAACAAUUCUAGGAAACUGAUGCGAGCACAAUGUCUUUGCUGUUCUCAGCUGUUUACAUCUUACGUUGGUUUUUAGCCGACUGUAACACUUUGUUCUUUAAAGUGCGGAAAAGUAUUGAAGAGGGGAAACUGUACUAUGUGGUGAGCUUUGGAUUUUGUUUCGUAGCUGUGAUGGAUCGUGUCAGUCGUAGUGGCGACUUCCGUAUUUCUUGAAUGACAUUUUUUUAAGCACUUUGACUUUACUCCCAGCCAUCGCUGCAACUGACGUAUUUAAUGGAAAUCAGAUGAAAGCUCGUGAUUUUGACGCCUGGAUCAGACGCAUACAGUGCAUCUCUGUAUGCUGCGAAGCGACCAUGAAAUCCACCCCCCACCCCGAUAGCAAUAAAAAUGACAUAACUAAACAUCACUGACGCCGAAUUCAAUUACCCGUCUCCCAGAGCCAUUUACAAGGAACUUAUGACGGUAUAACCUUUAAUGAGGCCGGUGAUAGUCUUUUAGAGUGAAAGGAAGGUUGCAUCAGCACCAUCAUGUGCCUGCACGUUUGAGGCAGUUGUAAGGUUUAAUACAUUUUACACUUUGUUUCAUCUGGUUAGCUGGGGCUUGUCGUCACUGUGACCUAUAGUUUAUGCUACAUAUUCUGGUUGAUUACAUGAGCAGGGCCUGUGAUUCCUCCAUUGCAUUUCUCUAUUUAUUACCACAGCAUUAAUUGCAGCUGCUUUGCAUUGUGGAGCAUCUGUCUGAUCGGAGUGCUGGUUGUGGAAGAGUCCCAUCGCCGAUGCGGGGGCUGUUUGCCUGGCACUUGUCAGGGUUGCACAUAUGUACAGCGAUUUUCAGGCACACGGCUUGGAAGAAUAAGCAAAUUUUAUGAAGAAAAUUUAGCCUAAUUUAGCAAGUCGAAGAUGCAUCACAUUGCUUAGAUGGGCCAGGGGAAGUAAAGAGCGGUUAGAAUCUGUCCAGCAUCUUACAUGUUCUGUCUCAUUUCCCAGCGGCGUGAGGUGUUGUGGCACAGCAGGUAGUGAGGCGGUUAAGGAUCUUUUUGUGAGCUAAACUCCCAGGACAUUCCCUGCCGGCCUUCCCAUCAGUAGCGCAAGUUGGCCUCACCUCCUGCAGCGUACAAGUGCUUCUGCAAGCUAAAGGACUCACACUGGUUAGCUGGUGAUCAGAAAAACCGACCAGGUAGAGCUACCAGCACCCCCUACAGUGUAUGUGUGGCAACAACAUGUCUGUGCCGCUGCUCGCUGACGCCGUGACGAUAUCGGGGACGGAGAAGGAGACCGCUGCGGUGAUCUUCCUCCAUGGCCUUGGAGACACAGGGCACGGUUGGGCGGACACCUUGACGUCGAUCAGUGUGCCAUACAUCAAGUACAUCUGCCCUCACGCACCCCUGAUUCCUGUCACCCUCAACAUGAAGAUGAUGAUGCAUUCCUGGUUUGACCUGAUGGGUUUCAGCCCUGACUCUCCAGAGGACGAGGCUGGCAUCAAGCGAGCGGCAGAGAACAUCAAAGCCAUCAUAGACCACGAGACUAAGAACGGGAUUCCUGCCAAUCGUGUUAUGCUGGGCGGCUUCUCUCAGGGUGGCGCAUUAUCUCUCUACACAGCCCUUACCUGUCAGCAGCAGCUAGCUGGUGUGGUCGCCCUCAGCUGCUGGCUACCACUACAUAGGACCUUCCCUCAGGCAGCAAGUGGCAGUGCAAACCGGGAGACGCCCAUCCUGCAGUGCCACGGGGCGAAGGACAGCAUGAUUCCCUUGCAGUUUGGAGCCCUGACUUCAGAAAAGCUCAAGACUAUUGUCUCACCGCAGAAUGUCUCCUUCCGCAUCUUCCCUGAUGUUAUGCACGGCUCCUCCCCUGAGGAGAUGUCUGCAGUGAAGGAAUUCAUCAAGAAGCAGCUGCCCCGGAUUUGACCUUAUUAAUGCACUGUGAACCUAUACAGUGAUAUGUCACCUCCGACCUGCCAUUCCCUCACAGGAAACAGCCAUGAGCACCCUGCUAUCCACACACGCACACACACACACACACACAUACCAUCUAUACAGAUGUACUGGUAUAAACAUACUGUGAACAUGUACAUUGUGCGCACAGACUUCUCACAUAUGUUUUUAGCUUAAUUUGCCUACCCUUUCAGAUUCAUUCAUGACCAUAUUCACAGCGCAAACACUGUACUUCCUGUCUGCAAACUCAUGCCAUCCACACACACUGAAGUGCGUACACUGUAACAAACCGUGCGUACUCUGGCCUCAUCGUGAACCGGGGAGCUGCUGGUUGGCGCAGCCUCUCUUCCAGAACUCUCCUGCUCGAUCUUGACCUUUCUGGCCACCCCCACCCCCCUCACCCUUUCCUGUUGCGCUUCUCUCAUUUUCACUCCCUUGCUGUGUGUGUCUGUGUAUUUGUGUCAGUCACUGGGUCAGUUUACAGGUCACUUCCAGCUCAUCAAAGCCACCUACCCGCCUGUCUUAGGUCUCGCUUGGGGUUUUUUGAGCAGUCAGAAGCCCUUAAUUUCUUUCCCAGGAACUGCGCGCCCGGUCCAGUCCGGUCUGGUUUGAACUCAGUUGUGCUCCUGCAGGUGUUUCCUAUGAUGCUGCAUCCUGUGAUUCUUAUGGAGGUUGGUCAUGUUGUGUAACGGGUGCUUUUGUCUGUAUUCAGAUCUCAUAUCUGAUGUUUCAAUAAAUAAACAUACAAUAAAUACAUUUGAAUAAAACAGACCUAAGAAUUAAUGCAUAAUAGCCCACAUUCAUUUCUCUGGAUGCAAUUUGGACCUUAUUGUGUUGCAUCAGACAUCUUGUGUUUGUUGAUUUUUUUUUAAGCACUAUGUAUAGAUUCGACUUCAGGUUUUCAAAAUUCUGUAAAGUUUGAUUUGUGAUUCCUUACUGUUUCUAAAGGGGACACAAACCUGAAGUUUCUUGCUGGCUUAUGCACAAGACUUUUUUUGCGUCAGCUUGCAAGACGCAUAAAUUCGAACACAUUUGAAUAUCAGAAAAGAGAAGGGCAGUCAUUUUUUUUCCAAUGUCCCAGAAUUUGCUGGCCCUAUAACAAAUGUGUAUAUGUGUUUUUUUUGUUGUUUAAUACUCAAUAACGACUAAACAGAACACUCGGUUGCAUUUUAUAAUCAAUGAAUAAAUGCACCUAAUACCUCCACCAGUACAGAAUUGAAGAUGUGGCUCAGAAGAUAGCCCGCUCCGUACCCCUUGUAUGUUUGUGUAAUCCGGAUCAUUGGGUUGAACUGGAGAUAGAAUGGAAAGACUGUUUCCAAAACGUAACCAUCCUUUGCACAGCAAACUGACCCAAUGUAUUGACACUCCCAGGCCGGUCAAUUGCAUUUUGAGAAAGGCACCUAACAUGUAGACAGGCUGGAACUUUUCUAAAUAAAAAUCAAUAAUUUUAGACAGUUUGGAUUGGAUAUGACUGUAACCAUGACAGCAUGGGGGAAAAAGUAGGUGUUUCAUUGGUCCCUGGUUUGUUUUUCUCUUUCCCGGCCUAGCAUGAUUAUUGGUUCUUUUCCGUUUGCAAUUUGUGCUUGAUGGCACAGGAGGAAAACAUCUGUAUUGCUGUUCCUCGGCUAUUGCGUUCAUCUGUAUUUUCCUUCUUAAGUAACGCUGGUUUCGUAAUGAUCCCACCGUCAUGCUGGGUGGUCUCACCUCUGCUUGUGGCUCAUUUUGGGAGACAGGAUUACAAAAUAGAGGGAAGUGGUGAGGCUCUACAGGCAGGUGAUGUGUGCUUUUCCCCUUGUGAUUUCUGUUGACGUUAUUGAGUGACCAGACGCAUUUCCACUUCGUCUUCCUUCCCAUACCUGAUGCCAGAGCAGUUGGUCAUACAACUCACCUGUUAAUGGCGCUGGAUUGAACCGAACACUCAUUGGGCUGUAUCUUCUUACCCUGAAUUGUUUUGUCAUUGGUUGAAAUUUAUUCUGGUUUUUGUGUUUUUAUUUGGGUUUCAUUUUUCUCUUGUCAGCUUGUAAUGUCAUGUUAGUGUGGAUUUAUUUACUGACAGUAUGUUGGGGAUGUAAACCUUCUGUUAUGGGAGCAGUCAGUUUUUUUUAAUCGUUAAGGCACCUGUAUAUGAAAUAAAACGACUCAAAUACAA